AUGGCUGAUCAACUUACAGCAGAAGAAAUUGCUGAAUACAAGGAAGCUUUCCAAUUAUUCGACACUGACGGUGAUGGUAGCAUUACUGCCGUUGAAUUAGGCACUGUUCUCCGUAAAUUUGGUAUGAAUCCUAGCGACGCCGAAUUGCAAGACAUGGUCAAUGACGUUGAUGCUGAUGGCAACGGAAACAUCGACUUUACUGAAUUUCUGGGCCUCGUAAAGACCAUGAAGACGGGCAACGAAGGUGAUGAUCUUAAGGAAGCCUUCAAGGUGUUUGAUGUCGAUGGCAACGGUUUAAUCGAUCGUGAAGAGCUUCGCAAAGUCAUGGCUUCAUUGAAUGAGUCCUUGUCCGAAGAAGAAUUGGAUGCCAUGAUCAAGGAAGCCGACAUCAACGGUGAUGGUCAAAUCAGUUUUGACGAAUUUAAGAUCAUGAUGGGUGUUUAA